UUACGUAAGUCUUCUUACAUAAUUUUUUUUUUCUUUUUUUUCUUUUUACCCGGUUUGAUUUUAGACGCCAAUUUGACAGAUUUUCAGCUUACUUUUUCAAGCAAGGCCGUGACAAAUUACGUGAGCCUGGAUGUUCAAAGUUGUGCAGAACCGCUGACGGCUUUCACUGUGUGCUUGUGGUCGAAAAAUGUCAACAUUUCGUAUGGUGGAUGCCUUUUCAGCUACUCGCUAACAGAAGAAGCCAACGAAAUUUUAAUCUGCGACUACGUUGACCAAUUCGUUUUUGGUGUUAAAGGAGACAUAAGUGAUAUAGAUGUGCCUCAUAGUGCAAACGUAUUCCUACACAUAUGCGCCUCUUGGGAGAACGCCGCUGGAUCGUGGAAAUUUUAUUUGAACGGCUCACUUCUACAAAGUGGCAGCGAUUUUCUGACAGAUGAAGUGAUCCCCAGUAAUGGCAUUGUUAUUCUGGGUCAGGAUCAAGAUGACUAUGGCGGAGGAUUUGAGCAGGAACAAAGCUUCGUUGGUCAAAUGCACGGGGUGAAUAUGUGGAAGAGAGCUCUGACGGCUGAGGAAAUUUAUGAAUUGUCGAAAAAUUGUUCUUAUGGAGUUGGCAAUUUUAUGAGUUGGAGCCAUUUUUCAUCAGGUUUAAACGAAAAUGUGACCCUUACAUCUCCAAUUACUUGCCACCCAUAAGGUGAUUUCCAAGUACGCAGAAGUGUUUUUGUUGAUGAUAAUAUGAUGAUAAAGUUUCCUAAACCAAUUUCGAAUACAAAUGCAAGUUAACCAAGCAUACACUUCUGUGUCGAAUAUUUUAUUACACCUUUUAAUAUCUUGCGUACCAGUGGAACAAAAUAUGGAACAGGAAUGAACAACGCGGGAGCCGGCUUUGUGCGACCACCGCUACGACAACAUAAAAGGGGAAAUCGGGCAUGUUUUACUCUUAAUGAAACUGUAAACGAGUAGAUGUUUAGGGAACUGUCCGUUAUGAUGGAUAUGCGACAUGUAGCUAUUUCCGAGCACCAUUUUUCUUAGUAAUUUUUCACGAGAAAAAAUUAGUGUAAACGUAUUGUAAUAAAAAUCAUCCUAAUCACAGAUCUA